GUUAGGAAACAGGAAGAUGAGUUAAUACGUGAGCCGCAGUGAGUCAAAAUAGAUCAUUUGAAUGCAACGCAGAGGGGUCUGGUUGACACAGUUUUGACAAGUAGGAGCAGGAUGGAGGACGAUGCACCUGUUAUCUACGGCCUGGAGUUCCAGGCUCGGGCUCUCAGUGCCCAGACUGCAGAAACAGAUGCUAUCCGAUUUCUAGUUGGAACACAAUCUCUCCGCUAUGAUAACCAGAUUCACGUUAUAGACUUUGACGAUGAGAAUAAUAUCAUCAAUAAGAAUGUGCUACUGCACCAUGCGGGGGAAAUCUGGCAAAUCUGCGCUAGCCCAGCAGACAAGAAUGUGCUCGCAACCUGCUACAACAAGACUUCAGACAGCAAAGUCACAUCUUGUGGAGCAGUGUGGAGGAUACCAAAGGAAUUGCAGGCGGGUAGUCACGAAGUCCCCGAUGAUUCAUCAAACAGCACCCAAACCUUGGAGCUAAUGUGUCACCUUGACAGCGACGCCCAAAGCAAUAUGGCCUGUGUCACUUGGGAACCACUGGGCGAUGGAAAAAAAGUGAUGUCUCUGGCCGACAACUACUUGAUGAUCUGGGAUUUGCAGGAAAGCUCUACGAAAGCUGUGCUCUCAAGUUCUGCUACAUUGGAAGGUAAAGGGCAGCUGAAAUUUACCUCUGGGCGAUGGAGCCCUCACCACAAUUGUACCCAGGUCGCCACAGCCAAUGACACCGCCAUCCGUGGCUGGGACGUAAGAAGUAUGAGACAGAUCUACUGCAUAGACAAUGCCCACGGACAGCUGGUUCGAGACCUCGACUUCAAUCCCAACAAACAGUACUACGUGGCCAGUUGUGGAGAUGAUUGCAAAGUGAGGUUCUGGGAUACCAGGAAUGUUAAUGAGCCAGUGAAAACACUACAGGAACAUUCCCAUUGGGUUUGGAGCGUCAGGUACAACCAUUCCCAUGAUCAGCUGGUGUUGACAGGGAGCAGUGACAGUCGUGUAAUCCUGUCAAACAUGGUCUCCAUUUCUUCUGAGCCAUUUGGACACCUUGUUGAUGAUGAAGACUUAAGCGACCAAGAAGAAAAUCAACGUGAAGAAAAAACAAAAGAGCCACUCCAGGACAGUAUAAUAGCUACCUAUGAAGAGCAUGAAGACAGUGUGUAUGCUGUGGAAUGGUCCUCUGCAGACCCUUGGCUCUUUGCUUCCUUAAGUUAUGAUGGAAGGCUGGUUAUUAACCGAGUCCCAAGAGCACUCAAAUAUAACAUACUGCUGUAAUUUGUUCGUUUGUUUGAGCUGAAGUGAUUGCGUGUCACUGACAGCUUAUUUCCUGUAAUUUGGAGACUCGAGAACCGAGGAUCUGAGAUAUGUUAUUAUAUUUGUUUAUUGUAGAGCUUUGUCAUAAAUGACCAAAUCUUGGGCAAGGCCUGACCUUUUUAGAUUGUUGUAUUCAGACCCUGGGAAUCUGUCCUCUACUGAAAUAGGCAUCAGCUGAAUCUGGAUAGUUGUGUGUACUUCCAUCCAAAACUGGAGUAUUUCUGUAGGUCUAAUGAAGCUGUGGAGCACGCAUACACUAGUGGAUGACUCCAUGUUUCAUUUACAACUCUGCUUGUGGCUAAAUCACGGUCAAAAAAAUAUUCUAAACAAUGUAAAUGUCUAUUUUUUAGGUCCAGGUCCAGUAAUUUCUUAAUAUAUCUAGGCAGCAUUGGAUUUUUUUUUACCGAUACGGAACUCCCCUGCACAGAAAAUGAUUUAAAAAAAAUAAAAUGUUGACUACCUGAAGGGCAGGCUUAGGAGCUUACCACAUACUUAUUGAAUGCCAUGUAUAAACGGUAUACAGCUAGUGCCUAAGUUCCCUCUUAUGGCGGCAUGUUAUCUUCUAAAUCUAUGAGUGUGUGCUUAAGCUUAGGCAUUCAUUUCCAAGUGAAUUUCUGCCUUUAAAUAUUAUUUUCAAUCUCGAAAGGUUCCAAAUUGCUCGCCAAUUUAUUUCUGAUUAUGUCUUUGUAGCAGUUGGAGGAACAUUUUUGGGAUACAGAGCCCUAUAACGCCUGCAUAGAUAUAGAUUGAAAAGAUAACAUGCUGGUGGCCUCAAGGGAGGGAGCAUGGAAGCUCUUUUUAUUAGAGAUGAGCGAAUUGAUUGUAACAGAUUGAUUCAUCUCAUCAGCAGGACUUCUUUACCUGUGAAAGCCUGUCCCAGCAGGAGAAGAAGCCCUGACCUAUCACUAGAUUGACAGGGCUGGACAUUUUGCCUGAUACCGAUAAUUUCCUGCAACCGCCACUGCUCACAUUAGCAGAGCAAAGGCAGAGGCGCUGCUUCACAGCAGGAACUUAUCAGGGCUGGGCUAAAUGUCCGGCCUAUCAAUCUUGCGGCAGGUGGGUACUUCAUCACCAGAUGGAACAGCCCCUCACAGGUAAAGAAGUCCUGCUGGUGAGACAAAUCGAUUCGCUCAUCUCCAGUGUGUAACAGUAAUGCAAGAAAUCCCUAAGUGCCCCCUAGUGUUGGCUGCAAACACCCUGGAUGUUCUCUUUUCAUUUUAUGCAUGAGACUUAGAGCUCUGUGGAUUAUGAAAUUAAUUAGCACAGAUGUUAGGUCCGGAAAUCAACAUGAUGAUAGGUAGGUUCAUUUCUUUAAGGUUGGAAGAAAUGGGGACACUGGGAGUUGUGUUAACCCUUAAAAUACAUUUUGCAGGAAUAAUCUACAACUGGAGUAAAUGUUCAAAUGUGAGAUCAAGCCAUCAUAUUUAAAAUAUUCUCAAUCAUUUUUUACCCACAAGGUCCCAUAAUGUGAUCUCGAAGGUCUUGUCAGUGGGCAAAAUUAUUCAGCUAGGGUAGAGUUUUUGCUUAUGGUAGAUAAUACUACCAGUGCCUGAAAUAUGCCAAAUUGUCAAUUUAUAUGGAGACCUGGUCUUCAUAGAGCUUUUUGGAUAACUGUAAAACAAUGUGGGGACAUUGUAUUUUAGUGAAGAAGUCUUAAAACUUAAAAAACAAAUGGCCAUAGAUCAUCAGAACUUAAUGCUUCCUAGUGACACCUUGCUGAAUAUAGUUAAAGGGGUAGUCUCAUCUUAACAUUUUGGAGCCCCCUCACUUUAGCAUGUCCCGAACCCAUUUUAGUUAGGUAUCCUUCAGUAAUAGUAUCCAUCAAUCUCAUGUUUCAUGCAAGUCCAAAUAUAAUCACACACAGUUUGGACCAACAACUGGUGUACAAGUUCUGGACCGCAUUUUUUAAAUGCUUUAAAUACUAGGAACUGGUGUAGAUUUCUGGUGAAAUUUACAUCAGUUUUCUGGGAAAAGUACCGAUAAUAUUUUAUUUGCAGGCCACGUAGGGCCCUCUUUCUCCCAUCCACAGCCCACUCAAGUUUGAGAAAAGUGGCCCGCAUGGUGUAAAUGGAUGAAAAGUUGGAAAUUCUUGCUCAAAUCGGGGCUUGUGCAAAAAAAUUUGCAACUUUAAAAACUGGUAUAGAAGCCUUGAUAAAUUCCCCCCUUGGACUAGACCGUUUUAAGAUGCUCCCAAUCUGUCAUCCAACAUCAGACACUUUGAUAAAUGUGGUGCAUUCUUAGACUGUCUAGUCUAGGUUUACACUGACCUUAAUAACAUAACAUUAAAUCUGUCCCAAUGUGCGAGCUUGCACCCCAACAAUGUCCUGUAAACAUUCCCUGUGUAGCUCAUCUGUUGCCAUCUUGAUUUUACUAUUAAAAUUGUGUUAUUAUAUGUAUAUACAAAAAAUAAAACUAUUGGAAUAUGUUUAUUCUU